UGGGCAUCAGGAACCAUAAAUCAGAUCCAGAGAGCAUUCAGUUCAAUCCAGCGUUAAUGCCGAGGAGUCUGAUGGCAAGGGACAGAGUACUGGGACAAGGGCUGCUCCUCAGACUGGGCAUCUCCAUGAUGCUGCUGGGGUCUCUCCUUCCCAGCACAGAUUCUAGUCCUCAUCCACUUCCACAGUUUGCUUCCUAUGAAGUGAUAGUUCCGAGGAAGCUAGCACCCAAGGAAGGCAAAGCCACCAAUGAUGAGGUGUCCUAUGUCAUCAAAGCAGAAGGGAAGAACCACAUUGUUCACCUAAAGCAGAAGAAAGGAUUCCUAGUAAAAAAUUUCCCAGUCUUCACUUACGAUGCUAGAGGUCAACUGAGAGUAGAUCUGCCCCAUAUUCCAGAUGAUUGUUACUAUCAUGGGUAUGUGGAAGAUACCCCAGAGUCUCACGUGGCCCUCAGCACCUGCUCUGGACUCAGAGGGUUUCUCCAGAUUGGGAGCUUAAACUAUGGUAUUGAACCUGUGGAGACUUCCUUUACAUUCCAGCACCGUCUUUAUCGAACAGAGGAGAUGGAACCCAAGGCUGUGACAUGUGGAUUAACUGCCAAAGAGAUCAACUAUCAAGCUUCUGAAACGGAGAGGAGGCAGGUUCCCAAAGCGGAGGCAUUUCAUCCCUGGACGCACACUAAGUAUAUGGAGCUUCUUAUAGUGGUGGACAAACUGCGGUUUGAAUAUUCAGGCAGAAAUAUAACUAAUGUUUCAAUGCAAGUUGUUGAUGUCGUCAGUAUGGUGGAUGAGCUUUUUUAUCCUCUUCGUCUUCGCAUACUACUAACUGGACUAGAAAUUUGGACAGAAAGCAACCCCAUCAAAAUUACACACAAUAUAAGUGAGGUUCUUUUCAAUUUUAACCUUUGGAGAAAACGUCACAUUUAUCCACGGGCGCCACAUGAUGUAGGACACCUGUUUGUGUAUAUGAAUUUUGGAGCAAACAUUGGAAAAGCAUACCUGAGAAGUGUCUGUGAUAAGAAACGUGCAUCGGGUGUCGAAGCAUUCAUGCAUGGCCCUUCAAGGGAGUUUGCUGUGCUUUUUGCUCAUGAGUUGGGACAUAAUAUUGGCAUGAAACAUGAUGGAAAAGAGUGCGUGUGUGCCAAUGACAGUACCUGCAUCAUGAAUGCGCAUCAUACACAAGUCCAUCAAUUCAGUAACUGCAGUUCUAGAGACUAUUUUGACCUAACAGUGUCAGGGCAAGGACGCUGUCUGAAUAACAUCCCAGAAAUUGAAAAGCUAUUUCAUGUGCAGUAUUGUGGCAACUUCAUAGUUGACCCAGGAGAACAGUGCGAUUGUGGCUCCAAAAAGCAAUGUAAAAAGGACCCUUGCUGUGAUCACACUUGCCAGUUGAAGCCAGGGGCUAUUUGUGCUUUCGGACAGUGCUGUCACAAAUGUCAGUUUCUUCCAGAAGGAAGAACAUGCAGAAAGAAGACAAGUGAAUGUGACCUGCCUGAGUACUGCAAUGGGACUUCUCCAUGGUGCCAAGAGAAUGUGUAUAUGCAAGACGGGACUUUAUGCAGUGACAAUGGCUACUGUUUUCAUGGGUUUUGCUCUACUCACAAUUUACAGUGUCAACACCUCUUUGGCAAAGCAGCAAAGGCAGCUCCAGAAAGUUGCUUCAAAGAAGUGAACCUAAAAGGGGAUCGGUUUGGCAACUGUGGAGGGGACGGGGGAGAUGGAAAGUUUGAGCAAUGUAAAUUGGAAAACAUCUUGUGCGGAAGGGUGCAGUGUGUGAAUGUAAAAAGAAUACCUUGGGGAGAGGAUCAUACGACCCUAAUUCAAACUCCGGUGGAUAAUAUGUGGUGCUGGGGUACAGACUUUCACGUGGGGAUGGAGCUCUCCGAUACUGGUAUAGUAGAAGAUGGUGCAAAGUGUGGAACAAACAAGAUUUGUAUUAACCAUACAUGUGUCAAUGAGACAACAGUGCUGACAUCCGACUGUACUUUAAAGAAAUGCGGCGGUAGAGGGGUUUGCAACAGUAACGGGAACUGCCAUUGUAAUGAUGGUUGGGCCCCUCCGAACUGUCAGUUCGCCGGCUUUGGAGGAAGCAUUGACAGUGGGCCCCCCCCACUUUCCAAAGUUAGACUCUCUAGUUUUGUUGGGACUAUUGUGGGCAUAACCCUUGCUGCCGCUGUAGUCACUGCAGCGAUCGCUCUCUUACUUAAAAAGCCUGUAGCAACAGUGAUUCAUAAAGCAUCUGAAAGCAUUGGGCAAAUACAGCCAUCUCGCAGGAGUGUGUGA